AUGGUAUACCCCUACAGCUAUCCGACGCAGCCGACUCCAGUAUAUCAAUAUGCCCCUGGCCAUGGGUCAACGUCGACGGGACACGGCGUACGGCAGCACCAGACGACAGCGAGCACGACCUAUCCCUUGGUCUACUCGACGCCAUCAGCUCCACUGUAUUAUCCCCGAGUGCCUGCAGGCCCGAUGCCUGCUCUACCGCCGUAUACCUACUAUCCACAGCACGUGUCGAGCGGUAUGUAUGGUCCAGCAGCGCCACCUCACUAUCAGCAACAGAGCGGUGGGGGUGUCUUCAACCGCUGGCCCGGCGCUCCCGAGGAGGAAGAGGUCAGAGCAGAGGACAGGACUCGGAGGCGGUCUCGCCGGGGCCACCGGAGCCGACAGGAACGCGGCCACCGCAGCCACAGCCCAUCCAGAUCGGGUGGCAGCAACAGCUACUACGACAGUCGGGACGGUGGCUACGCGAACGAAAAUGAAGGCGAGGACGACGACGUCGUUUUCCGUCUGCAUGAUGACGUCUUUUACGACGAGGACGAUGAAGAGCAUGUGGAUACGCGUCUUCGAGCCCACAAUCUGGCUGUAGCCGGACGCGAGGAGGUUGCCUACGGCCGGGGGGACAACGACGACGAUGACGACGAGGCGGACGAUGUCGGCGAGCUGGUGCGCGAGGUGGCCGUGCAUCCGGGAGGCUCAGGGCGGGUGGUUCUGCACGUGGAUAGCGAGCCGCCGCGGCUGACGAGUUUCCGGGUGUCAGCGCGGCGAAUGCGCAGCGAGGCACGGUCGUGGACGCAGGUGUGCCAUCGCGGGACCAAUGCGUGUGACACGACGGUGGCCGACGAGACAGCCGUGGCCGGCAUGUAUUGGCUGCUGCGGGUGUUGCACGAUGAGCCGGAAGUCAGGGCUGAUGGUGCGAGCGGACAUCAAGACCAUCACGCCUACGAGGCCCGGCUGCACAACCUUGUCGUCCAGGGAGCUGUGCCGGUUCCACGCGAGCUGCCGGCACGCGUGUUGGCAUAUGUCGUCAUGUUUGGGCAGCAGCUUGGCGCACUGGGACGGCCGGGAUCGAUGGGGGGUGGCGGACGGCCCAGCAGCCGUCUCCGGACUCAGUCGGAAGCGUGGCUCUGGGCUAUUAUGAGCCGACGACGGGACCGACACGUGCUGGAUGCGUCAGCUGUGGACGACUGGCCGUUUCUGCUGUACGCUUCGCGCUCGCUGGAUAACCAGGAUUUAGUGCGGCGUUGUCUGCAGAUGCUGACGUGGGAUCGACAACGGAACGAUUGGCUGACGAUGAAUGCCCAACGGGUCGGCGUGAUGGCGCUUCGACGGGCUGCUGCGAAACCGUCGGUGUUUUCUCCCCAGGUUGCCCGUGCUCUGGCACUGCGGGCGGUGCAGACGAGAUCCUUCACGACGGAGAAGCUCACGCCUGAGCAGGCCAACGCGCUGCUGGCAUCGCAACGGCUGCAGCGGCCGGUGUCGCCGCACCUCGACAUCUACGACAAGAGGCAGAUCUACUUCGGCGCGUCGAUCCUGCAUCGCUUCACCGGCCUGACCUACGCCGGCCUGCUCUACGGCGGCUCGCUGGCCUACCUGGCCGCCCCGUUGCUCGGCUGGCACCUCGAGUCGCAGAGCCUGGUGACCUUUGCCGCUGGCCUGCCGCUGGCUCUCAAGGGCGUCGCCAAGUUCGCCCUCGCCUGGCCCCUGGCCUUCCACUUCUUCAACGGCGCCCGCCACCUGGUCUGGGACGCCGCGGUCGGCUUCUCCAAGGCCGAGAUCGCCAAGGGCACCACCGCCAUCUGGGUGCUCAGCGUCGUCUCCAGCCUCGGCUUGGCGUUCUUGUGGUAG